AUGGCCACAUCAAACAAUGAUCCAGGCACAAAAUCAAGCUCUGGAGGAAUCACCAUCAGAAAAUUCAAUGGGAAGAAUUACCUCCAGUGGUCUCAAUCUGUCCGGAUGUUCAUCACUGGGAAGCAAAAGGGGGAAUAUCUGACUAGUACUGCAACUAGACUAGCGGAAUCCAAUGUUGUUGCUUACACCAAGUGGAACAACGACGACAACCAAGUCCGGUUCUGGCUUAUUUCCACAAUGGAACCGUACAUUGGAGACAAUUACCUACUGCAUCAAUCUGCCAAAGAGCUAUGGGCUGAUGUAGAGGAGACAUAUUCCACACAAGACAACUCUUAUGCCUUGUUCGAAGUAGAGUCAACACUCUUCAACUUCAAACAAGGGACAAUGAGCGCUACAGAAUACUACAACCGAUUAGUCUGA